AAUGAAUCAACUAUUGACCCAACAAGAGGUAGCUCAGACCCCCACAGGAUCCCUUGUUUUACUUCGUUUCGUAAAACAAAUUAAUAAUCUCUUGGCGUCAUAUCCCUCUUUUGGUAGCUGGGAAGAGUUGAACACUUUUAAUCGCUUAGGAGAGGCUUUGGAUGUUGUUAAAGUUCGAGAUGUAAGCGGAGUACUUACCUGA